CAAUGCGGAUGUUAUCGAGUCAUUGUGGCCAGCUUCGCGUUUCGAGAGAGAACCCCAGACCCGUACAUACACUCAUUUGAAAUGGCUCAUUAAUGUUAUAUAAGCUUAAUCAAAACAGAUUUCAGCGCAAUGGCAAAUUUUGUAACGUUUCAAACGCAAAUCGCUUCAGUUAUGGAAGUACUAGCAAACGCCGCUGUGGCAGAAAUCUGCAAACUUGUUGAGGACAGCUAUGCUGAAUUGCAGCUUGAAAUAUCACAAACAAAAAAGGAGAAUAACCACCUCAAAAAGAAAUUAAAAACGAUAGAAAUCAGGGAUUCAUUUUAUCGAAGAGCGCAUAAACUGAUGAACGAGUCAACUGCUAUAACCAGAACCAGUGUUCACGAAAAAGCACCAGGGCGAAUCAGCGUGAAAGUCGCUUCGCUGUGUGAUAACGAUGGUAGUGAUGAAGAUGGAUCAGUUCACUGCGAUAACGUCUCGCUUCUUCAGCCCGAAAGACUUGACCAGUCUGUAGGGGGUAGUGAUGAGCCAGAUGUUCUCAUUAUUAAAGAGGAGAGACCUGACAAUAUGAGGUGUGAACAGUCAGAAAGUGAAACGGAGGCUGCUGAAAAUCUUAAAGAUGACACCCAGUACCGGAGUGCCGAAGUCUUUGUAACAAUACCCAGAGAAAACAUCAUUGACCAGAACACAGUCCAGCACUGCCGUCAAGAGGUAGGAAACUGUGUCAAUCAGUCUGUAGGGGAUGAUGAACCAGAUGUUCUCAUUAUUAAAGAGGAGAGACCUGACAACAUGAGGUGUGAACAACCAGGGGGAGAAACAAAGACUGCUGAAAAUCGUGAGUAUGAUGACGCCCAGUACAGGAAUUCAGGAGUCUUUGUAGCAGUUCAUAAAGCAAACUUCAUAGACCAGGACACAGUCCAGCACUGCCAUCAAGAGUCCAAUGGAAUGCAACCUGAUCCUCUCGAGGACCCAGAAGUGAAUGAUAUAAGUGAAGAUACACAUUUACUGAAUGGUGAAACCAGAAUGGACAGACAUUGUGAUGGAGAAGUAGAGACUAAAUUGCAGCCUGUCUCUUCCUAUGCCUCAUGGGUUUCCGGAAGAUUAGACGCAGCCACAAACCAUCAAUCCUACGCUGAAUCUGAAUGCAAUGGAGGACCUUCUGUGAAUCAGUACUUGAUGUAUAGAGGGAGCGCAGAUCCUAUGUGUUCCUAUGCAACUCCAAUAGACUCUAAUGGCUUGUCUAUGCCUGAUAUGGAAGGCCAUUUAACACACAGCGAUGGAGGUAACAUUUCUCAAUCCGAGCGGUCCCCCUUCACAACGUGCUUUUCUUUCAAACAGUCAGAUUCUCCUCAUAUGCAAAGGAAAGACAAGUUUAUGUGUAAACAUUGUGGAAAAGCAUUCUCUCAACCCAGCACUCUCCUCUUGCAUCAAAAACUUCAUACCAGGGAGAGGCUCCAUAACUGUACACUCUGCGGUAAAAGAUUCAGUCAGGCAUCUAGUCUCAAAAGACACCACAGCAUCCAUAGAGGAGAAAAACCAUUCAGAUGCUUGCACUGUGGCAAGCAGUUCUCAGAUCAAAGUAACCUGAAAAAGCAUGUGACUGUUCACACAGGUGAAAAGCCUUAUGGUUGUAACCUUUGUGGAAAAAUGUUCAACCAAUCUUCAAACCUCAAAACGCAUAUGAAGAUCCACACACGUGAGAAGCCUUUCAGUUGCGAUCGAUGUGGGCGGACCUUUGCGCACAAGUACAUUUUGGUGAAACACCAACAGAGAAUCUGUGUUUCGAUUGGACAAAUGUAGACUUCACAAGUCUUCCACCUUAUUUUUCAAUACUGAACUUAGCUAUUUUCUUUCUGAGACUUUCGACUCAUUAGCCACUAUAAGGAAAUAACGAGAAGUGUAACAAAAGAGCAGAAAAUGGUAAAACAAUUUGUGCUACAGACCAGUGUGUUGAUAAUUAUAUCAAUAAUUAUGAUAAUAAAUUAAAACAAUAUUGUAAGAAAUACCAGUUUGCACCAUCAAGCAAUGUAACGUUUUUUACAGCUAAAUUAACUAGAAGCUAAUGACACCGAAAGCCAGAUGUAUUCAAUUUACAAAUGGCCGUACCUGCUCUUGCAUGAAAAAUAAGGUGGACAGAAUAUGGUAUCUCUCUCACAAUAGAUUAGUUUUUGUUGGCUGCAUCUGAAAUCGCAUACUUUGCUACUAUACAUUAGGCAAAAAACUGUAUGUGACAAAAGAAGUAUGUCUGAAUUCACUGUACUCAUAAAAGAGUAGCCAAAAAGUACCUGGAUGACCUAGUACUUCUGGCGAGAUUCUGAAGUGUGCAUACGAUGGACACUUUACUA